AGCUCUUCUCUACAUAAUUCAUAACCGGGUUAAAAAUACCCUGCUCUGGAGCUCUUGCAAGGGAGUUUUCUGGAAUAAGGGCUGGUGGGAUGAGUGAGUUCUGCUCGGGAUAUAGCCAACCUGGUUUCUUCUUGUGUAGCCGCCGCCUCCCCUCAUGACAUCAACACUGCGGAGAGGCGCCGCGCGCUCAGACUCUGCUGCAGGACGCCAGUGCGCAAAGCGGAUCGUGUGGUAUUGAUUGGUGAUCUAUCAGCAUGUCGCUGUACGCGUCUCAGAUUAAAACGUUUAAGCGCGCAGAGCCCAAGACACUUGGCGCUAUUGAGAUCAUAAUUGGCAUGUUUACUGUCAUUUUGAGCUCAAUUGUGUAUAAGCUGCACUACCAUAUCCAGCGUGAAAUCAUCAUCCUCAUCGUCAAUGGUGCUCAGCUUGUCAUAACUGGUAUUGUCCUGGUGCAUGCUGGGAGGAAGCCAUCUAAAUGGCUGGUUCUGACAACCAUUGUUCUGCAAUUACUAACAGCAGCAUUUGAUGUUGUUGGAUUUGGGCUCUUAGCCAGACACAUCCCAUUCAGAGGAGAGUCAUACUUCUACAGGGACACAGAGUGGUGGUGUUUGGACUCUGUUUGGGCUUGCUGUGGAGAAGGAGAGAAAGGGGAACAUAAAGAGUUCUUAGCGAAUGGGAUCUUGGUGACACUGAUUGGUUUCCUGGUGCUUGCAUGUGUCAUUGGUUUGGUUGUGUCUUUUUUUGGGGUCUACGUGCUUUCUGUUAGUGCCAUAAAGGAGAUGACGCCCAUCCCUCACUCUACAGCAAACCAACAUUAUGGUGUUGGCGUUCAGACCCAGAACAAGAUCCAUGCCGGAAACUGACAAAAUGAGAGUCGUUCAGAGCAGAAGGGCACAGUUUUAGCCCAGUUUUACACCAACUGCAAAAUAGGACUGUUUCACCUACAAACCACUCACAGGUAAACAACCACAACUACAGAAAAGUUGUAAAUAAUUGUUUGAAAAUAAAAUGGAUAAAAUCUUUUUUUUUGCUUGGCUGUUGCUCUCACAGGCUGUGGGACUGCUGUAAUUUCGAAUGCUCAACUUAAUAGUUAUUCGUACCUCAUUCAUUGUCGCUCUUACAAACUGAAGCUUCUUAGCAUGAAAUGUCUACACAGAAAUCUAGACCAGAAUCCAGUGUUAUCGAUUUACUGUAUGUUAGAGGGGUAAGUGUGUUUAUUAGGAUAUGUGAAAUUAGUUACAUAGCAGAAACAGAAAUGGAAUUAUGGUAAAUGUGAACGGUUUGUACCACCCUUUGCAUGGAUCUUAAAUCGGUCAACAUGUUUGUUUUAGCCACAUGAAGACAUAUGGGGCUACAGUCAUCAAGUUGAUAUUUGUUAAUUGCAAUUUGAAAUUAAAAGCCCUUGAAUCCAUAAAAAUGUAACAACACUGUAAGCAAGCCAAAUGAUUUUAUAUAUAUGCUUACAAAAAUUCCUUCAAAAUAAAAGCGUUGAUAAAUGUGGCACAUGUUCAGCGAAACUCCUCUAAAGCAGAGUAAUGUGAAUUUGAACACCAGUGAAUAACUAAACAGCAUCGCUUGGCUUUUUGUCAUCUCGUUUUAUCCGUACUGAUUCUUCAGGAAAGCUAUGAUGACUGCCAACUCUGUAAGUGCCACCACUUUUGACUAAAGGUCAGAGGUUGAACCCUCAGUCAAGGGCUCGACUUUGGUGAUGUAAAAUCCUCUUGUGGAAGCAUGUGUCAUCCGUUCUGUGUCUGUAGAUCUUUGUCUUUAGGACAGCAUGUGAGAUUUACAUUGUGCCUGUUCUCAGUGAACUGUUGACGUGUAGUAAAAUAAAAAAGGAAUUAUGUAGUAAUA